CUUAUUAUGAAGAAUGCUGAUGGCACCUGCAGCUUAGCAAUGCUUCCAACUGAUGCAAGCGGUUUCGAUAUGGGCCACCAGAUCGAGCUGGGGAUACCGUUUCUUCGCGGUCGCUGCACAUACUUUGACAUGGGACGAGAACGUCUCGGAUUCGCUGACGCUAAAUCGCAUUAG